GCGAUGGCCCGCGCGUUCGACGACAGGCACUCCGACUUUGGCGGAGACGCCACUGCGCACGACGGGGGCAUCUCCGAAGCUGAGACGGACGUGGGCCACUGGCGCGGCCAAGGCUGGACCGACAAUCUGAUCCGCCACUGGCGCGCCGUCCAACACUGCGAGAGGGAUGAGGCCCACCGCGCCCCCUGCAGCGAGACGGAACACACCGACAUCGCCCGGCGCUGGGCUGACCUCUCCGAGCACCACGAGCUGAAGAGGCGCGGCCGCCUCAUCGGAGAUUGCGCCGGCACUGCCCCCGAGCCCGACCAGCUCGACCCAGCGGAAGGCAAAGGCGGAAAGGCGGAAAAGAGAGGCGGCGGUAAGGGGUCAGUCGAGUACUACGCGAUGGACGACGACGAUGAUGAUCUGCUUGUGGAUGCUGACGGGCACCACGUUGCCAUGCGCGAUUUCAAGUGCGCACGGCUUAGCAUUAACGACGCAGGGAGAACCCUGCAACGCGCGCGCAGCCUCUUCCGUGAGAAGUUGCCCAUGCGACUCAUCAGGGAGGGAGGCCCGUUCGCGGCGACCGACAAGCGGGCCCUCUCUGGUCGCGAGGACCUCGCACUCAUGAGCCUCGGGCUUUCUGGCAUAUUUCGCAAUAUGUCAUUCCGUCCGGCUGAUGGCAAGGACCGACACAGCGAGCGGUUUCUCCGUGAGCGCCCGACUUUCAACAUUGUUGAUGGUUGGGCUUCUUUCGCUGACAUGUUCGCACAUCAGCGCGGCGGGAAGGGCCACCCCACGGCCACGAAGCACACGGGCCCCGACGAGGCAAGCAUGGGCGCGGCGACGAUGAUGGCGGAGGCGGUGGACCACACAGGCAAACAGCAAAAUCGCUUGGAGAUCAAGGGGGGGGGCAUGACGCCGGCAGCGAUCAAGGCAGCCGUAGCACAGCUCGCCCACCACGACCCGUGGGCCGUAGCUGCAGGCUCCCAGCACAGCAUCCACCCUUCGAGAGGCGCGAAUGCACAGGAGGCCGGCCAGCGCUGCAGGACUCUGGCAAGACUUGCCAUUGCCUGCGACUACCUCCACCAGAGGCAGAUGGACACCUUCGCCGCCAAUGUCGCAGAGGGCACCGGCGCUGACAUACCAGCCCUCCUAGCCGGGCGAGUGCUGCGCGACUCGGACCAGAGCCCUAAUGCGCAGGCACGGGCGAUGGAACAGGUGAUCGGCUUCGCGAAGCGCCACCUGGUGAUUGGCCUGAUGAAAAAUCUCUUCAUUGCGCAGGUCGACAGGGCGCUUGCAGACCGGGGGCCAAUUCCACGCCACGCCAUGGACGCCCAUGACUCGACUAGCGGAAGCCCGAGUGCAGCCACGGAGAGCAUCGGGAGGGACCCCCACAGCACCUUCAGCUUCAUGAUUGUGCUGGACGUCCUUCCGAUGCAGGGCGGAAAC